AUGAACCUGUAUUGGUGUAUUACUACAGGAAAAAUUUGCCUUUCAACUACUGUAUCUGCAAAAGGCUCAUCAUCUAUAGCAAUACAGAAGGCAUAUUUUGAAGGGCAUAUGAUGGUUUUUGAGAAUGCAAAUGCAGAAGAUUUUGACAAUGCAGUUAAGUGUAAUAUUUUAAAAUCUAUAAUAGGCUUGGAUGAGAGCAAAAUACCAACAGAAGACAAAGCUUCUAUAAUUCUGCAAUCAGUAUUUCCUAUAUCUGAUACACAAAAAAUAAUUGAUGAGGCAUUAGUAAAACAAAAAUUCAAUUAUGAUGCUAAGAUAGAAAAAUUGAGAAAGGAAGUUCAAUCCUCAAAAGCACAGAAAACACAGACAUUAGUUUCACAAACUAUUGAACCAGUUAGACAACCAAGAGGCCUCCUAUCAAAUUUAAAAACAGAAAAAGAUUAUGAAAAUUAUUAUAUAGUGAAAUACUUUAGCGAUUUAGAUAUAUAUAGUAAAGAAGAUUUAGAUUCAAAUUAUUCUAAAAAACCUUUUCAAAGAUCUCAUCUAUAG